AUGGCCACGAUGAACACCACACCUUUACUCAACACGCGUGCCCCCGCUUUCAACGCCAUUGCUGCUCGUGUACAAGGCGCGGACGCGGACGAUGAGGACAUUCUCGAGCGGGAUCAAGAGACGGACGAUGAGGCGAGCGGCGACGAGGCCAUCGGCGAAUCUGAUGAGCGCGAUGUUGAAGACAUGAGCGAUGACCACGACUCAUCAAUACCGAGCGUCAAGACCCCAGUAGAAUCCCUAAACUUGGAAGACACAGCGUUCACACAGGACGUACUGAACCCGGAAGACUUGCCCGCCUUUGGUGACGACUUAGAUACCGCCAAAUGGACGAAGCUCGCGCUCUGGCAAGAAGGCGGAUAUGAGGGUAUGCUGAAAGUACUACUCAAGGACGAGAUCGCGGCUCAUUGUCACGACUCUGCUACAAUAUCAAACGCCGAUGAGCAGUGCAUCCUCGCUCCGGCGCGCAUGAUGGUCGCUUCUAUGGAUAAGGACAUUCUCAAGGCCGUCAUACGCAGUAAUCUGGCUCUCCAAGCGAAGAGCAACAGUGUCAUCAAGGACCGCUUGGACGACUUGUAUGCUGAAGCCAAAGACAAACCAUCAAUCUACUACCAGCUCUUCGUCGACGACAACGGUAUUCUCCUACGCCACACGAACUCAUCACGAUCCUGGACACCAUGGAAGGAUACGUCAAUGCUACAAACCAUACCCUCGCGAACGAGAUCGACAACGUCAAGGAACCGCACAUCGAUCUGCUCAGGAACAGAGAAAGACAGCACAUACCGCGAGUUCCAGUCUGCCGCCAGGGUCAAGGAAAUCACCCGCCUGAUCGAGAAAGUACGAGCGCGACUAAGCGGCUUACCACCUCAGCACCGCAACAAGCCAUUGAAGCAUCCACUCGUUCACGUUGGAUAUUCAAACCGCUCCCAAGCCCGCCUCAAGAAACACGCCAGCCACUCUCACUCUAACCCCGCCAUGAACCUCGCCGAAGCAAUCGCUGCCGUACUCUUCGCAAACAACACUCUUCCCAAACUAUACAAGAUGACCCAGUACAUCAUCUACAUCUGCCACACCGCCUCACACGCAUCUCUUUCCGAGAUCGUAUUAACCCGCCUCGCCGAAGGCUACAUGGGAAACGGAGGCGGCUUCAGCCACUAUCCCGCAGCCCGAAGCGCCAACUCUGCGCUCAAGACUUCGGAGCAGGAAUGGGAUAACUGUGCUCAGUAUGUGAUUGAGCGGUCGCCGCUGAGGGAGAACCUAAAGAGCGAUAUCGAGAGGUUGAAGAAGAAGCUUGCGGAUGCGAGGGAAAGGAAGUCGAGUCUGCUCAUGAAGUCCGCCAACCAUGCGUUGCUCGCGAGGGUGAGGGAAAUGAAUGAGAGGAGGAAGGCUGGGCGGUCGGAAGAGGAUCCAGAGAUACACCAGAAGGCUGCGGACAUCAUUGCAGAGUUUGGUAAACGGCAUCCGAUCCCGGAGGACGAGGCAAGUAUCUGA